GUACGCGCCAUCGACGCCGGAGCAGCGCUGGGCCCCGCGGGUGCGGCAGGGGCGGCCCCGGCGCUCGGCGGGAGAUGAAGCUCCUGAAGCCGUGGGGGGCGGCGGGCGAUGGCCUCCUGCACCUCGCCAUCCUGCUGAGCUUGGCCGGGCUCCGGGUAGAUCUGGACCUGGACCUGGACCUGGACCUCUACCUCUACCUGCUGCCGCCGCCUUCCCUGCUGCCAGACGAGCUGCUGCCCCCGGGCGGCCCUGCCCGGCCCGCCCACGCGCUCAGCCUCUUCCCAGCCUCGGGCGGGUGGGGGUGCGCCGGGCCCCUGCACCCCAAGGCCCGGGAGCUGGACCCCGCGGCGCCGCUCGAGGGCCACCUGCUCCGGGAGGUGCGCGCGCUGGGGGUCCCCUUCAUCCCGCGCACCCGGGUGGACGCGUGGCUGGUGCACGGUGUGGCGGACGGGGACGCGGACCGGACCCACGGGCCGCUGGGCGCCGCUGCUGCCUCGUCCGCCGCGGGGGUCGGCGCCGGUGCGGACGGCGACAGCCAGGCAGCGCCCGGAGGCGGCGGGGAGCCUCAGGACUCGCGCAGUAGCCCUUUGGCAGCCGAGGAGGAGGAGAAGGCAGCCGCGGAGCCCGCGGCGCAGGUGCCGGUCGCUGGAGGACGCGCGAGCCAGGAGAAAGAAGUACGAAGAGAAAGGGGUGAAUCAGUGGCUCGCAAUUCCCAGCAGGAGGAGAAUGAAGAAACAACAUCAGCGCAGAAGAAAUCACUACAGCCGCAGAAUAAUGAAAAUGAAAACACAACAGCAGAUAAACCUGACCGAGAGGUAGCAGAGACCACUGAAUCUAGAAGUGAAAGACAUCUAAAUGGAACAGAUACAUGUAUCUCUCUGGAAGACCUAUUUCAGCUUCUUUCAUCACAGCCUGAAUAUUCUCUGGAGGGCAUUUCAUUGGAAGAUACUUCACCUUUUCCAGGUAGUAUCAGUGAGGGUAUGAAUUCUUCAACACAUAAUAUAAACUUCAGCCAGGCCGUAAGUCAUGAUGUAAAUCUUCAUGAAGCCAUGUUGCUGUGUCCCAACAACACAUUUAGAAGAGACCCAAUAGCAAGGACUUUACAGGCACAAGAACCAUUUCUGCAGUCAAAUUCUCAAGCCCUUCCUGGUACUAAUUUAACAGGAUUUCAUCCACCUGCUGACAAUCACAUGAGGAAUCUAACAAGCCAACAUCUUUUGUAUGGCCUUGAUGCAAACAUAUUUGAUGAGAUAAACUUAAUGUCACUGGCCGUGGAAGGUGGUUUUGAUCCAAUGGAAGUUUCUCAACUUUUUGAAGAACCAGGUUCUGACUAUGGACUUCCAUUAAAUUUGAGUCACAGCAACACAUCCAUCACCAAAUGUAAUUCUUCUUAUUCUACGUGUAAUGAAGGUGCUAUAGGUUAUACCAGUGACCUUAAAAAUCUUUCCCAACAUCAUUUACAAGGGGCUGUUGGUGGUUAUUGCCCACAACCCAGUAAACUCUGUCACAUGGAUCAUAGAUAUGAAUCUAGUUUUCAAGAUCUCCUAUUCCAACAUGUAUGUCAUAACCACACUUACCAUUUACAGCCACCUAUACCAGAACCCACUUCUCAAUCUUUUUCAAGGCCUGGGAAAUCACAGAACAUGAACAGGUACUUCAGUGACACAGACAGAAACUUGAGCCGUGAUGAAUGGCGUGCUAAAGCUCUGCAUAUCCCUUUUUCUGUUGAAGAAAUUGUCCGCAUGCCUGUUGAUUCUUUCAACAGCAUGUUAAGUAGGCACUACCUGACAGACUUACAAGUCUCAUUGAUGCGCGACAUCAGACGAAGAGGGAAAAAUAAAGUUGCUGCUCAAAACUGUCGUAGACGCAAAUUAAACAUAAUUUUGAAUUUAGAAGAUGAUGUAUGCAACUUGCAAGCAAGAAAGGAAACCCUUAAGAGAGAGCAAGCCCAAUGCAACAAAGCAAUUAAUACAAUGAAACAGAAAUUGCAUAACCUCUACCGUGAUGUUUUUAGUAAGUUAAGAGAUGACCAAGGUAGGCCUGUUAAUCCAAACCAGUAUAUACUUCAGUGCAGCCAUGAUGGAACUGUUUUGAUUAUACCGAAAGAAGUGGUAACUGCAGGCCAAAAAAAGGAAACACAAAAGGUAAAGAGGAAAAAUAGAAGUUGAAGCUGCUCCUAUCAGCACCUAUGGAUAUAAUGUUCAGAAACUUGGGUUAUGAACCAUUCAAAUUGACUUGGGAAUCUUACUGCUACUUGAGUAAUUUAUCUCAAUAAAUGUGUAAGAGUGAAAGUUCACAAUUCUGGAAAGUUGAAGGGGAAGCCACAAUUUUUCACAAAAAUCUUCCUGUUAUGUAAGAUUCAUUGUAGUAUGCUGUUUCUAUGGCAGCAGCCCCUAACACAGUGGCUGCUCCAAAAAGCAAAACAUUGGGGAUGUUUACGAUGUUUGUAUUUAUUAAAAUGCAAUGUCACCACUCAGUACUACAGUGAAGGCAUUUUGAGUAUUUAACUUCAAACGUUUAAAAAUUUUAUCCUUGACUCAUUAAACAGAACAAGCCAUAGUGUUAGUGGUUAUUCAGCAGUAACAUGUAUACCCCCAAAUUAAGUUCACCUUGUAAGGAUAACCUCCAUCCUGAAUUUUCAUUCCUUGCCACGUUAAACCAACAGUAAGAGAGAAGCUAACAUUUUGUAAUCCAAGAACUACUGAACCGUGAUAGGCAUUUUAUUGAUAAGCCAAGUAAUCCCAGAAAUAAUGGCUGAAAAAAUUGAGUCUUCCCUGAAGUUGUUUUUACCCAGGUUUGGAUUUUACUGUGUGCGCGCGCAUGCCAUCAGUGUGAUGUCCAGAAUCAAGGUUGAUUGUUAAGAAUCACAAUAUGAAAUACCAUGCGUUGUGAAAAGGCCCUACCUUGGGUUACAGAAACGUACUUUUUAUUCAUCCUGUUUUCAAACUCUAGAUUUGCCCAGUGAAGUUUUAAAUACAAAUACCACCAAAGUCUAGUUUUGUUCAGUGAUGAGCUGUUCAGCCCAUGACCAGUUAAAGUACCUCACACCCUCAAAACCUGUGUUACUACUGCUACUGGCAAGUCUAUUGAGACUUGAUAAAAGCACUUGUUCUUUUGAUGACUCUUCUCAGAAUAUCAUCAAAACUACAUGCAACAUAAAAUCCAAGUAUUGAUGGUAACUGGCUUCAAAACGCCUUGUGCCUGAUUGCUGAUCAGUCAAGUUUCACAUUGUCACCAUAAAUGAGUCAUACCUGAGCACCUUGGAUUCAGUGCCUAUGAACGAAUCACAAUCCUGUCAGCAAACAAAAGUACGAAGGUCUACUAGGUAAGAUCCUCCCUGCCUGGUUCACUGAAAACCUCCAGGAAAUUAGAAUAAGCACAUUUUCAUCCAUGUCCCUUGUUUGCCGUUCACACAGGGCUUCUUGAGUGCAUUUUUCCUAACACAUAGCCAACUGAAUUAUGAACUUACCCUCCAUGCCAGCUUAGUGCUUUUAUAUUAAAAUUGUAGUGUCACAAAAUGAUUGGCAAGUGGAGUCAGAGUGAAACAUAGCAGCAGCACUUUACACAGCAACCUUGCUUUUCCCUGUUAGAAUACCCAUUUCCUCUCAAUACUUAACAGGUCAAAGUCACUACCAAGUGUAGUGUAAGUCUCUCUUCCACUUAGUACUGAUCUCUAGAACAUAAGGAGUCAACUCCACCCCUCACCAGGAUUCACUCCACUUACCUUGCCUGGCUUUACCCCACCUAAAAACUGCAGCCUAAACACAUAGUGAAGGUAUGCUCAUAACAGCCACUUGGAUGAGUUCAUAACGUUUGUGUGGGACAUGAAGGGCAGUGUAUGUGGUUCAGCUGUCCUAACACUAUUUUCUUGAAGACCUGAUCCACCCAGCAGCGAUAUAAAACUUAUAUACAGGGGAAAUGAUUGUUUCACACAUUUGUGAGAGCUUUCACUGUUAAUGGCUGCAUUCAAAACACUCAAAUAUUCAAAGAUAGUUCCCAACGUUUGCACUCUUAAAAUACAUCAGAUGAGUUGGACAUUACCACAUGGUGAUGUUGGAUCACAUAACUCAAAUGGAAGACAAGUGCUAACUUUCACACUUAGAUAUAAGUUAUCCUGUUUUUUAUGCUGAUUUGAGCUUUAAAACCACACAGCUAUGAUGCCUCUAGUGAAUGUUCACAGAUGCAAAAAGCAAGUUUACUACUGCUUGUAGAUUAAGUAUUAGUAAUAUUAAACCUCAAAAAAGGUACCACACCACCCUAUACAAGCCAUCCACAUCCUAGGACAGUGUCUUAUGUUACUGUGUUCACUAUCUUACACAUCAAUAUGCCAGUUAUUUCACUGUCAACUUAUUUGCAAUAUUCCCAUGACUUCAGACUAUUUUGCACCUGUAUUAGACCUCCUUGAUUUUGCUUAAAAUUAAAUGUCUCUGUAGAGGAAUACAUUUUUUUUAGUUCUACAGAAUCUUUCAUGUAAAAUUGGAAGACAAUUCUGAUGUGUAGUUGAUGACAGAUGUACCUAUUUCAAAUGCACAUUUAAAAGACUUAAUAGUACAGUUAUGUGACUUACCUGAAAUACCUUUUCUAAAACCAAAAGAAAUUAAAGUCAACUUUGUUUAGUCUUA